AUGAAUGCUGUUCUCAAACAUGUGGUUUACACUAGCCAGGAACACCAUAAAAGACAGAGAGAUUACAUUGAUAUUUCAUUUCAAGACAUCUAUAAUGUCUUUAUGAAUGUUCUCAUACAAAGACAGCAUGUUCCGCGGCUAUAUGAUCCAGGACCUGGCAAUGAUAUAAAUAAUAAAGUGACGAUUGUGGCAAAGACAUUUGAACGGUACGACUGUGUCAAUGCACUGAUUUCAAGCGUUAAUAAGUUCUACCCAAACAUGACAAUAAUAAUUGCAGAUGAUUCUGAGAACAAACAAAAACUUGAAGGUAAUAAUGUGAAACAUUAUUUGAUGCCAUUUUUAGAAGGUUAUGCUGCUGGGAAGAAUUUGCUAGUAAGCCAGGUGCGCACAAAAUAUUUUUUAUGGGUCGAUGAUGAUUUUGUAUUUACGAAUCAUACAAUUUUGGAACGCUUUAUUGAGAAACUUGAAUCCCCAACAGCCGAGUUAGACUUAGUAGCUGGACAAUUAAUGAGCCCAGAGGGAAAAAUCUCAAUUUUUCUUAAUAAACAUUCCUGGGCGCAAGCCAGUUAUACAAACGAAGAAAAUGGUGGCUGUAUUUCCGAAAGCCAUGCAUCAUAUGGCACACUGAAAGAAUUUCCUAACUGCCAACUAAAGGAUAUGGUAAUUAAUUUCUUUAUGGCGAAGACAGAGGCAGUUCGAAAAGUCGGGUUUGAUUUAGAGUUUGAAAGAAUUUCUCACCGGGAUUUUUAUGUAGAUGCGUUGGGUCACUUGAGAAUAGCAUUAUGCGAUGAUGUGUUCAUUGAACACAAACAACAAAAUAGCGAACAUUAUCUCGAUUACAGAUUGAUGAAAAAUGAACAAUGUGCGAGUGCACGGUAUGCAGAACACAUAUUAUUCAAAAACAAUCUUCGUUGUAUGCAGGCUUGGAAUAAACGUUUUCGUGAGUUCGGGAAAUGCAAGACUGUCUGA